GUUUGAGCUCCCGGGGCGCCUGGGACGAGUUUCCCAGGAUUCCCCGACCUUCCCGUGCUGCUCCGCCUUGGCCGAAGCAUGCGCGGCUCCGGGAUCCCCUCGCCGAGAAUCGGGGUCCCCCCCCACCGUCCAAAUCGCCCCGCCUCAGGGACCCGCCUCAGCCUUGGCGAGGCCGCGCCCUGGCCGUGUGAGCCCGUAUCCCACUCUCACGGCAGUCCCCAGAGUGAGGGUCCCUUCCACAACGGAGAAAGACGUUCCUUUCGCAAAAGCGACUUGGUCGGGUCCCCAAACCCUUGCCCUCCACUCCCAGACGUCACAGACAGGCCUCGCUCCCUUCUCAGGGGCCCCACCUGACUGAGGCUUGGCUGGACACAGUCCUGAAGCAUGCAGAUUCCAGACAUGACCCCCAGCAGAAGCACACAUCACUGUUUCAAACCUUUGGUGUGUCAUUCGUGAAGGGAUGAGACGGCAGCUAUUCAGUCAUAGUACUCCAAGGGUCCCUGGCUCUACCCUCCAGUUAUUCUAACUCAACGAUUCGCCAAAACCACCUGUUGCUCCCAAGCCAAAGACUACCAGUCCACUGACGCCAGUGACAGCGCCCAAAUUCCCUUCCUCAGCCAGGCCCGAGAGUCUUCACACUCCAAACUCCAUGUUCAGGAGCCCGAAGCCCCCCAUUGCCCCCAAGCCCAGGCUGACUUUCCCAAACGAGUGGAGAGCCAGUGUGUACCUGAAUGACAGCUUGAACAAAUGCAGCAAUGGGCGGCUGCUCUGUGUAGACAGGGGGCUUGAUGAGGGGCCCCAGUCCAUCCCAAAGUGCUCUGAGUCAGAGACCGACGAGGAUUACAUGGUGGUCCCCAGGGCUCCGCCGAGGGAGGACGAACCCAAGGAUGGGGGCAGUGCAGGGAACGCAGCCCUGGUGUCUCCCGAGGCCUCUGCAGAAGAGGAAGAGGAGCGUGAGGAGGGAGGCGAGGCAUGUGGCCUGGAGAGGACAGGAGCUGGUGAGGACUCGGCGGCAACUGCUGCCCCAGCUGCAGUAUUGCUGAGCAGGGAGGGUGAAGAAGGCACAGACCUCACUCCUGAGGACCAAGGAGAGGGCUGCAGAUGAGCCAGGGACACAGGAGCAGGUGUCCAGAAGUGAGGAGGAAGAGAAGCUGGUGCAACCACACAGGGAGUGCAGCCUGGAGAACAGCAGGCCUUGGGCUGGGGAGGGGGUCUUCCAGAACGACUUCCUCCUGCCUCACAUCCAUGGAGAGGACCACAAGCCCCCCGACACCCCCAGGGAGGCAGAGGAGGAUGAUGAGGAAGGCUGUGCCAGCACAGACCCAGCAGGGGCACAUGAGAGUUCGGAUCCUGACAGGCCCACCGAGGACAUGGGACAGGAUGCUGAGGAAGCCAGUGAGGAGCCCCCCGAGAAGGAGGAGCCGGCCGGAGUCCAGGAGGCAGAGACAGCCACGGACAGCCCUGAGGUUCUUGAAGAGGGAUGUGAAGAGGCCACAGGCCUCAUAGGUGGGGAGCAGGUCGACCUCAGUGAACUACCUGACCGUGAGGAGAAAAGCAACCAGAAAGUGGCAGCUGCCACCCUGGAGGACCGCACACAGGAUGAGCCUGCCGAGGAGAGCUGCCAGAUCGUCCUUUUCCAGAACAACUGCAUGGACAACUUUGUGACUUCCCUCACAGGAAGCCCCUACGAGUUCUUCCCAACCAAGGGCACCUCUUUUUGCAGCAAGAGCUGUUCUCCUCUUUCUGAGUCAGUGAAAAUCUUAGAAUCAGAGCAGGCACCAAAGCUGGGGCUGUGUGCGGAGGAGGACCCCGUGGUUGAGGCUUUGUGUGGCCAGCGUGGAUCCCUGCAAGAUGGAGCAGCGGAGGGUCCCACAGUCCCUGAUGUGGUGGUCCUGCCGGAGGAGGAGGAGGGGGGGAGGAGGAGGAGAAGAAGGAGGUCAUUGCAGAUGACAUGCUGGCCAACCCCUACGUGAUGGGAGUGGGCCUGCCGCGGGGAUGAGGGGGAAGAAGAGGAGGAGGAGUUCGUGGAUGACACACUGGCCAACCCCUAUGUGAUGGGAGUGGGCCUGCCAGGAAGAGGAGGGGAGGAAGAGGAGGAGGCCAUGGAUGACACGCUGGCCAGCCUCUAUGUGAUGGGAGUGAGCCUCCCGGGAGGAGGAGGGGGAAGAGGAGGAGGAGGUCGUUUAUGACACACUGGCCAACCCCUAUGUGAUGGGAGUGGGCCUGCCGGUCUGACAGCCCCUGGAGAAGGAGGGCAGGCUGCAUUGGAUGCCCUGGGUGGUUAUGGCUCAAAAGAAGAAGUGAACUGUGAGGGAGAGGGCAGCCUGGUCUCAGUGGACAGGAAGAACAUUGGCACAAGGGCCACUCUGGGAAGGUGGCCAGAAACCAUCCCAGAAACUGCCCCCAAAGAAACCAGAUCUGAGGCAGGUUCCUCAGCCCCUGUCAUUGGAGGUGCCACAGAGGAGGCAGGAAAGAGCUUUUGUCACUGAAGGGAAGCCCGUGGAAGCCAGCAGUGCCCAGGGCCUUCACUUUAUACCCUCGGUCGUUCUCCAUGGAAGGCCAAGAGAUUCCUGUUCCCGUCUCUGUGUACUGGGAGCCAGAACGGUCGGGGUUAGAUGACCACAGGAUAAAGAGGAAAAAGGAACAUCUCUCUGUCGUGUCUGGGAGUUUCUCCCAGAGAAACCACCUUCCGUCCAGCGGCACCUCCACGCCUUCUUCCAUGGUAGACAUCCCACCUCCUUUCGACCUGGCCUGCAUCACCAAGAAGCCCAUCACAAAGAGCUCUCCCUCACUCCUGAUCGAGAGCGACUCCCUGGACAAGUACAAGAAGAAGUCAUCCUUUAAGCGGUUCCUGGCACUGAUGUUUAAGAAGAUGGAGAGGCCAGGUGCGGUGGCUCAUGCCUGUCAUCCCAGCACUUUGGGAAGCUGAGGUGGGCAGAUCACCUAGGGUCAGGAGUUCGAGAGCAGCCUGGUCAACAUGGUGAAACCCUGUCUCUACUAAAAAUACAAAAAUUAGCCAGGCAUGGUGGUGUGCACCUGUAAUCCCAGCUACUCGGGAGGCUGAAACAGGAGAAUUGCUUGAACCUGGAGGUGGAGGUUGCAGUGAGCCGAGAUUGUGCCACUGCACUCCAGCCUGGGCAAUAAGAGUGAGACUCCAUCUCAAAAAAAAAAAAAAAGAAGAUGGAGAGUAAAUUGCAGUGAAGAUGUCUUCAUCCAGGUCCCUCUUCAGAGUCCAGCUGCCACAGGCCUUCCAGGAUUCUGGAAGUGGACCAGAGAAGCCUCAGUAACUCCCCUCAGCUUAAGUCUUGAACUGGGAAGCUCCAGGCUUCUGAAUACCCCUCAUCCCUCAUCUUUUAUAGAGAUGGCAAGAGGAAAGGUGUCCCCUUCAGCAGAAUGGUGUCCAGAGUGGAGUCUUUCGAAGACCGCACCCGGCCACCCUUCCUGCCCUUGCCACUGGCCAAGCCACGGUCCAUCUCCUUCCCCAGCGCUGACCAUUCAGACUAUGAGAACAUUCCAACCAUGAACUCGGACUAUGAGAAUAUCCAGAUUCUGCCCCGGAGGCCUGCAGGGCUGGUGUGUUCAGAAAGCUGUUUGAAGAUCAGAGCAGAGCCCUGUCCACAGCAAACUAAAAUGAUGGCUAUGUGGACAUGAGCAGCUUCAACACCUUUGAGAACAAUCAGCAGAGCACAGACCAGGACACAGAAAGACAGAGUCUUGCCCUGUUGCCCAGGCUGAAGUACAGUAGUGCAGUGGUGUGAUCAUAGCUCACUGUAACUUCAACCACCUGGGCUCAAGCAGUCCUCCUUCCUCUGCCUCCCAAGUAGCCGGGACUACAGAACAGAGCAGGACCCAGGAUGCAAGACCCUAGGCAUCCCAAAGGCCUUCCACUGUCCCCAGGCCUUCCAAAGAGACAGCGGCAGGACCGCACAGUCUACAACUGGAAACAGCAGGAAGUGCUAGAAAAUCACUUUAAGGGGGAACAGAACCCAGGCUAUGACACACGACAAAAGCUGGCGAAGAUACUCAAUCUCGGGGAGUACCAAGUGCAGGUGUGGUUCAAGAAUCGCCGGGCCAAAUGCUCUCGGGAGCGGCGGUUACAGAAGCAGCUCCAGCAGCUCCAGGAGCAUUCUCAGCAGCAGCAACCUCAGCAGCAGCAACCCCAGCAGCAGCAGCAACCCCAGCAGCAGCAGCCCCAGCAGCAGCUCCAGCAGCAGCAGCCCCAGCAGCAGCAACCCCAGCAGCAGCAGCCCCAGCAGCAGCAACCCCAGCAGCAGCAGCCCCAGCAGCAGCAGCCCCAGCAGCAGCAGCCCCAGCAGCAGCAACCCCAGCAGCAGCAACCCCAGCAGCAGCAGCCCCAGCAGCAGCAGCCCCAGCAGCAGCAACCCCAGCAGCAGCUCCAGCAGCAGCAGCCCCAGCAGCAGCAACCCCAGCAGCAGCUCCAGCAGCAGCAGCCGCAGCAGCAGCAGCCCCAGCAGCAGCAGCUCCAGCAGCAGCUCCAGCAGCAGCCCCAGCAGCAGCAGCUCCAGCAGCAGCCCCAGUAGCAGCUCCAGCAACAGCAGCCCCAGCCCCAGUAGCAGCAGCAGCAGCCCCAGUAGCAGCUCCAGCAACAGCAGCCCCAGCCCCAGUAGCAGCAGCAGCAGCCCCAGUAGCAGCUCCAGCAGCAGCAGCCCCAGUAGCAGCUCCAGCAGCAGCAGUCCCAGCAGCAGCCCCAGCAGCAGCCGCCCCAGUGCAGCCCUGGGCAGGAGGCCACAGAGCCCACAGAGCUCGCACUGUGCCCCCUUUCCCUGAAGCUGCGGCCUCUGCCCCCCAUCAGCCUGGCCCCUUGGGAAUUCUCCCAGUGGUGGAACCCAUGAUCUGCAGCCUCCACCAGGCCUCAAGUAGCUUUGGGUGCAGAGCCAGGAGGGCGUUUGUCUGCCCUGGGUCUAGCCCCUGGCCCAAUCCCAGCCCCAUUCCAGGCCCAUUCAAAAGCCAAGGCCCAAUCCCAGGUCCAGGCUCCAUCCUAGGCCCUGGCCUGAUUCCAAGCCAGGCUUACUCCCAGGCCCAGGCUUAGUCCUAGCCCCAAUCCCAGGUCCUGGCCCAAUCCCAAACUUAAGAUCACUCCCGGCCCCAGCCCUAGUCCCCUUGUGACCUCAGAGCCCUUAUGCCUCCAAUUUCUUGCCAGACAGUCAUUCCCCAACUUCACAGAGCUCCUCCCACCCCUCGACCAGUUCGAGGGAUCCUUGGUCUCCACCACGACAUCUCAGUACCAAGAGGGGGAUGGCUCUACGGACAAAAAGACUCGGGCCCCAAGUGAUGGAUUUAUAGGGGGCCUGUGUCUACAAAGUCCUGCGGAUCCCAGUGGACCUGGAGUGGCUGGUUGGUCUACACCUUUGGUGAAUGCACCACCACCAUUUAACCACCCCGCUGCUGGUGGGCAUUUGCUGCCUUCACUGUGUGGCCAUCAUGACUAGCUCUGCUAUGAAUGCACCUGCCUCUCAUUUGAGUUGAGCCUGAGCAUUUCGCAGCUGGGAUUGGAGUCGCUGCUCAUGGGGAUG